GACUAUUUUCUGUCGAAAAAUUCUUCUCAAGUUGAAUUGAAUCGGCCUCAGCCUUCACACAACGACAUCAUUCUCAUCAGCGAUACUGUUUGCGGGCCGUUCUCGCCAUGUUUGUUCUGAUCAGCCAAUCAAAGGAUGCAAUAACCCGACCAAAUAAACCUCUUGACGCUCGCGUGUUAUUCCCUCGGGUGCCAGGGUGGACCCUUCUGUUCCCCCUCACCUCCUCCUCUGGACAUUUUGGGGCCCUUUGAAUCGCACGGCGUCUGGACCGUACCAAGCGAAUCGAUGAGAUGGGGGGUGUAUUGAAUGCUCCGCUGGUUUACUUGGCGGUUGGACAGCUCCUGAGUGUCUGUGUGAAGCCGUACCAAGCGAAUCGAUGAGAUGGGGGGUGUAUUGAAUGCUCCGCUGGUUUACUUGGCGGUUGGACAGCUCCUGAGUGUCUGUGUGACCAUACGCCUGGGGUUCGAGACCCCUAAACGGCAUCGUCUUGUCGGUGCUCGCUCACACCCGCCUCAAUUUUUCAGACAGGAGGUAAAAACAAUACGUUCCAAGCCACGGUGGUAGGUCGCUUCUAUUUUGCGGUGUCGAUCAAUACGCCGACGUCUUGAGCUAUAACGCCGACGGUCAAGAGGAGAGAAAUCAGCAGCAUCCCGCCCGGAUUCGCUCCAUUGUCUCCUUUGAAUUCGGAUUAUUGGGUCUCCCCAUAAAAAUGUCUCAUGUGACCAAGUUGUUGUUGCCAGUCCUGUGGAGCAUCAUCAUCAUCCCCUGCAGAGCUGCGUCCUCAGUCUACCGAAGGUGUGAAGACAGUCUUGCCACACCUCUUCCUUAUAGCUCCUUCACCAGCUCAUCAGUUUAUGGUCGAGAUUAUGGGGCUGGUUAUGCCAAAUUUAAUCGGAAACAAGGCGCUGGAGGCUGGUCACCUUCGGACUCAGACCGUUACCGGUGGUUGCAGGUCGAUUUGGGUGCCAGAAAACAGCUUGUUGCCAUAGCGACUCAGGGCCGCUACGGUAGCUCCGACUGGACCGGCAAGUAUCAGCUACUUUAUAGUGACACACAGUCCAACUGGAGGCCCUAUCAACAGGAUGGAAACGUCUGGACGUUUGAGGGCAACGUGAACAGCGAUGGUGUGAUUCGUCAUCAGCUGCAGCACACCAUCCUGGCCCGUUACGUUCGCUUUGUCCCAUUGGAGGAGAGCAAGGAGGGUCGCGUCGGACUACGUCUGGAACUAUAUGGCUGCUCAUACUGGGCUGACGUGAUCGCUUUCGAUGGCCAUGGAAUCCUCUCCUACCGCUUCAGGAGUAAAAAGAUGAAGCUUGUGAAGGAUGUCAUUGCUCUCAAGUUCCGAACCACGGCCGGAGAUGGGGUGCUGCUCUACGGGGAGGGACAACAGGGAGACUACGUGUCUUUGGAGCUUCGAAGGGCGAGACUUCAGCUCAGCAUGAACCUCGGCAGUAACCAGUACGGCUCCAUCCAAGGCCACACGUCCGUGACCAGCGGGAGCUUACUCGAUGAUGACCACUGGCACUCGGUUGUCAUCGAGCGAUACCGAAGGAAUGUUAAUUUUACUCUGGAUCACCAUGUUCAUCGCUUCAGGACCAACGGAGAGUUUGCUCACCUCGAUCUGGACUAUGAGAUGAGCUUCGGGGGCCUACCUCUUUCGGCAAAGUUGAGCUCGGGGGGUCGAGGCAACUUUGUGGGCUGUAUGGAGGGCAUCACCUACAAUGGCGACAACAUCACACACUUGGUCCGCAGAGGGAAAGUGGACGCUUCCAGCUUCCGCAACUUAACAUUCUCAUGCGCCGAGUCCAACACCUUCCCCGUCUUCUUCAACUCCACCUCCUUCCUUCGGCUGCCCGGUCAGACUGACAGUGACACCCUGUCUGUCAGUCUGUCUUUCAGGACGUGGAACCCAAAUGGAUUGCUGAUGUUCACAGUGCUGGCUGACGGCUGGGUGGAGGUGGCACUGACAGAGGGCAAGAUCGCCGUCUAUAUGAAUGUGACACAAAAAAAGAACACCCAUAUUGACAUUUCAUCAGGCUCUGGCUUGAAUGACGGUCAGUGGCAUAGUGUCCAUCUGAACGCUUUGGAGAACUAUGCAAUGCUCACAGUGGAUGGAGACGAGGCGUCCACAGUCAGAACUGCCAUCCCAGUGCAAAUCAUGACGGGAGGAACAUACGACUUUGGAGGUUACUUUCCUCAUACGACCACUCACACACAUCAGCGGCCCUUCCAGGGCUGCAUGCGCUUGAUCCACAUCGAUGACCAUCCGGCUGACCUCAAGGCCGUGGAGCGAGGCCUCAUCGGAGCCUUCGAAAAUGUCAGCUUGGACAUGUGCGCCAUCGUUGACAGGUGUGUUCCCAACCACUGUGAGCACGGGUCCCGCUGUUCUCAGACAUGGGAGACAUUCACUUGCAAUUGUAGCGGCACCGGAUACGUUGGAGCCACCUGCCAUACCUCCAUGUUUCAGCAGUCCUGCGAAGACUAUAAGCAUCAGGGUAAGAGCUCCGGGACUUACUGGAUUGACCCCGAUGGCAGUGGGCCCAUCGAGCCUUUCAGAGUUGUGUGUGACAUGACAGAAGAAAAAGUUUGGACCACCGUGAAGAACAACCUCGCACCUCAGACAUCCAUCAUGACUGCUAAUCCAGAGGACAAGGCGGUCCUGCAGAUCACUUACAACGUCACCGAUGAGCAGCUGUUUUCAGUCACCAGCAGUGCGGAAAAGUGCCAACAAUAUCUCGCCUACGCCUGCCGAAUGUCCCGUCUGCUCAACGCUCCAGGCAGCGAACCGUUCACCUGGUGGUCGGGACGAGCCAAUGAGAGGCAUUUCUAUUGGGGAGGUUCGGGUCCGGGGAUACAGAAGUGCGCAUGUGGCAUCGAGCGCAACUGCACCAACUCCAAACACUAUUGCAACUGCGAUGCCGAUCAGCGUGCCUGGAAGGAGGAUGCCGGCCUGCUGGUCUAUAAGGACCACUUGCCGGUGCGGCAAGUCGUGGUUGGUGAUACGGGCAGAGCUGGAUCUGAGGCCAAGCUGACAGUGGGGCCGCUCCGAUGUCAGGGGGACCGGAAAUACUGGAAUGGCGCAUCCUUCACGAGUCCAGCGUCUUCCCUCCACUUCUCUGCCAUCAGAGGAGAAACCAGCACCGACAUCUCCUUCUACUUUAAGACCUCCUCCACUCACGGAGUCUUUCUGGAGAGCUCGGGAACGUCCGACUUCCUUCACAUCGAACUAAGGGGAGGCUCCUCGGUGUCUUUCUCCUUUGACGUGGGCGCCGAGCGAAUGGAGCUAUCGGUGCACUCCGCGCUGCCUUUAAAUGACGACCGCUGGCAUCGAGUGGAGGCUCAGAAGAACGUCAAGGAGGCGGUGCUUCACCUUGACGGACAGCGGCGAGAGGUCAGACUGGCACCUUCGCGGGGCCACGCAAAGCCGCAGUCGGACGGCGACAUCUACCUCGGUGCCUCGGGAGGUCAAAGGGGCUUUCUGGGCUGCAUGCGGGCCCUGAAGAUAAACGGAUUGACCUUUGACCUGGAGGAGAAGGCCAAGGUGACUCCAGGGGUCCACCCGGGCUGCCGGGGCCACUGCAGCAGCUACGGGGCGCACUGCAAGAACGGAGGCGCGUGCGUGGAGCAGUACGACGGAUACUCUUGUGAUUGCUCGCUCAGCGCAUUCGACGGCGCCUUCUGCACUGAGGAUGUGGGCGCCUACUUUGAAAGCGGAACCCUGGUGCGCUACGACUUCUCGCCGGAGGCGGUCCCCUCCAAUGUCGGGGAGGGCAGAAGCUCUGCGGGCUUCCCCGUUCCCGUGGGGGCCAACCUGACGAGGGAGGAGUUGAUUUUCAGCUUCAGCACUUCCAGCGCUCCGAGCAUCCUGGUCUACAUCAGCUCCAGGACUCAGGACUACUUGGCCGCCGUGCUCAGGCAUAACGGAACACUGCAGAUCCGCUACAGAUUGGGGGGGCUCGCCCAACCUUUCACUAUCGAUAUCGACCAUCGCAACAUGGCCAACGGGCAGCCUCACACUGUCAACAUAAGCCGACACUUACGGGAGAUCCGAUUACAGCUGGACCACUACCCGGCGUCCACGCACGUGUUACCCGAGGCCUCCGAUGCAGAAUUCAACUUGAUCAAAAGUUUGUUUCUCGGGAAGGUAUUCGAAACGGGCCAGAUUGACCCCAUCUUGAUCGAGCGCUACAACACGCCGGGCUUUGUGGGCUGCCUGUCGAGAGUCCAGCUGAACGGCGUGGCGCCGCUCAAAGCCGCCCUGCGCUCCGGCCAGGCGGCGCCCGUCAGCACCCACGGGAUUCUGGUGCCGUCCAAUUGCGGAGCCUCCCCGCUGACCCUCUCGCCCCUGGCAGCCGAUGACCCCUGGCACGUCGAAAGCGAUGGAGCCGUGUUUCCUUUCAGUGAGGAGUCGUCCGGCGGCGAUGGCGUCAAUCGCAACUCUGCUGUCAUCGGAGGCAUCGUCGCCAUAGUGAUCUUUGCAGUGUUGUGCAUCCUGGUGUUUGUCAUCCGCCACGUGUUCCAACACAAAGGCUCCUACCACACCAAUGAGGCCAAGGGAGCCGAGUCGGCGGAUUGCGCCGACGCGGCGAUCAUCGUCAAUGACCCCGCCUUCACCGAAACCAUCGACGAGAGCAAGAAGGAAUGGUUCAUCUGAGCCACACCCCUCUCAUCUAUGAAAACGGCACAAAAGUGGACUCGACCGUAGGAUGUACUUUUUGUAGUUUUGAAGCGUAGCAAGAAAUUAGUGGAGCCGGGAGGGCAAGUUUGAGUAUGGAAACUAUGGACGCAUCGCCGUUGAGAGCGAGGGUGAGUAUGGGAGGCGGUUAAUUCCAACCCUCUAAAACCAACAGAAGGGAGACAGAAAAUGCCAUGGACGGACGUGUGAAUGAUGAAUGCUCAAUAGCUUAUUUUAUUCAGAAUUAAGUGGUAUUUCUUGUGUUAUUCUCGCAAUACGAACACUUGGGGAACGAGGGCGGCGGCGACAAAAAAAAAUCACUCAAGCUUUGUGCCAACUAAUCAUAAACUGCACAUUUGUAUCCAUAUUCAUUUGUCAUCAUUCUGUUUUGUUUUCUAAGUCAGCGAGUGAAAUCUCAGCACACACGUGUAGAGCAAAUGGAAUGCUUUUUAUUUAUUUUGUGCCUAUACAACUUUUAAGUGUCUCUGAAAUGAAUAAACUGCAAUGAUUUUA